AUGAGAGACAGAUGGAGUAAUGGGUCCAGGGACAGUGCUGAUGGCCGCGCUGAGGAGAGGAGAAUCGUGCAGAUGAAGAAGGACAGAGUCGACAGUGCAGUGCAAACUGGUGGCUCUCAAGUGUGGACCCAGGAUAAUCAGUGUGACCGGGCUGUUGUGGGCUUGUCCUCCGUGGAUAAGAUGGAUGAUAGGAGCAACGCUGGAACGCUAUGCAGGAUCAAGUCCAGGAACUUCAGCAGCAGCUAA